AUGGACCAAAAAAUUUUUGAACUCAAUUUGAGGACAAGGGAGCUUUCUGAGAUUGAUCAAACAGAAUUUAACUUUUAUGCUCAUUUAAAGCCACCGAUCUUUGUUUUAAGAUAUCUUUAUCAAUUACCCCCGGGAAAACAAAAUCAUACCUGUGGAGGGGCAAAUAUCUGGGCAGAUGUCAGUAGAGGAGGUGCAAUGUUCUGUCCAGCAGGAUCAUAUUGUCCAACAAAUACAGAAGAAAACUCCUGCAGCAGCGGGAAUUACUGCCGCAUGGGAUCUACAUCUGAGACACGUUGCUACAAAUUGACUUCAUGUAAUUCCAACACAACUAGGCAGAAUAUCACUGCAUAUGGUUUAGUGCUAAUCGCUGCGACGAGUACUCUGUUGUUCAUCUUCUAUAACUGUUCUGAGAAAGUUAUCAUUAUUAGGGAAAGAAGAUAUGCCAAAUCAAGGGAAGUUGCAGUGAGAAGUGUAAAGGACAAGGCUCAAGCUCAGGCAAGGUGGAUGGCUGCAGCGGAAGCAGUUAAGAAGAGAGCAAUUGAGAUGCAAUCUCAACUUUCCCGCUCGUUCUCUCGUAGAAAUAUCAUUGUGCCUAACGACCAGGUUAGAAUACUGAACCAAACAGAAUCUGAAAGAGAUGACUAUUUGCCUCACUACCUACAGCCUUACAAUUCUAGUGCAUCUCAGCAAUUUGAUGCUUCAUCUGAAGGAAGGGAAACAGAACCCUAUCAUCUAUAUGAGAUUGAAGAAUGUUCUGAUAGUUUCAAAGAUUCAAAUAUAGACAUCAAAGGUACGGAAAUCAAGAAAAAAUCAAAGGAGAAACAUAUUCGUACAAAUACCCAAAUUUUCAAGUUUGCAUAUGAUCAACUUGAAAAGGAGAAAGCCCAACAGCAGCAGAACAAGGACCUUACUUUCUCUGGAGUGAUUUCAAUGGCAAUGAAUAAUGAGACCAUGAGAAGACCUAGAAUGGAGAUUGCAUUCAAAGACCUUACCGUUACUCUAAAACAAAAGAAGAAACAUCUUUUGAGGUAUGUCAAUGGAGAAAUCAGGCCUGGUCGAAUUACUGCUCUCAUGGGUCCAUCAGGGGCUGGAAAAACAACUCUACUUUCAGCUCUGGCAGGAAAAACUGUUGGAUGCACAACAACUGGCUCGGUUCUUAUAAAUGGAAAGGUGGAAUCCAUCCGCUCAUAUAAAAAGAUUGUUGGGUUUGUGCCACAGGAUGAUGUUGUCCAUGGAAAUUUAACCGUGGAGGAGAAUAUAUGGUUCAGUGCAAGGUGCAGAUUGUCAGCAGAUUUGUCAAAGGUAGACAAAGUCCUUGUUGUUGAAAGAGUCAUUGAGUCUUUGGGCUUGCAGCCAGUACGGAGCUCUUUGGUCGGAACAGUUGAGAAGCGAGGCAUCUCUGGAGGACAGAGAAAACGUGUAAAUGUUGGUUUGGAGCUGGUAAUUGAACCUUCUCUAUUAUUCUUAGAUGAACCCACAUCGGGAUUAGACAGCUCUUCUUCUCAGCUCCUUCUUAGAGCACUAAGACGUGAAGCACUGGAGGGGGUUAAUAUAGUUGCGGUUAUCCACCAGCCAAGGUAAUAUCUAACUCUUUUUUCC